ACGACUCGGGACACUUUCGCCACUCGAUCGCAGCUUGCGCCAUCUCGCCGGCGGACACGGGCGCGCUCGUCUCGCCGCCGCAUGGAGCUGCACAACCUGCUGUACGAGUCGGCGGCGUCCGCGGGGGGGCUGCUGGCCCCGGGGGGCCCCGCGCACGCGGCCGAGCUCGGCGGGGACAUCGGCGACGCCGAGACCUCCGUGGACCUGAGCGCCUACAUCGACCCGGCCGCCUUCAACGACGACUUCCUGGCCGAGCUCUUCCACCACCCGUCCCGGAUGCGCGCGGUCGCGGCGGCGGAGUACGAGCACGCGCACGUCGGACCCCCGCACGUGUACGCCAAGGCGGACGCCGUCCCGGACGCCAAAGUCUUCAAGGCGGACACGGACGACCUGUACGAGCACGCGCGUCUGCGCCCGGUGGCCAUCAAGCAGGAGCCGCGCGACGAGGACCUCCUGCACACGUCCGCCGCCUACCGGCACCACGCGCACCGCUACGCGGCGCCGCCGCCGCCGCCGCCGCCGCCGCCGCCGCCACCGCCGCCGCCGCACCUGCAGUACCAGGUGGCCCACUGCGCGCAGACCUCGGUGCACCUCCAGCCGGGCCAGCCCACUCCGCCGCCCACCCCGGCGCCCAGCCCGCACCUCCACCACCGUGACCUUCAUCCUCAUCAUCAUCAUCAUCAUCAUCAUCAGAGGGCGGCGGCGGGCGGCAAGCCCAAGAAGCACGUGGACAAGAGCAGCCUGGAGUACCGCCUGAGGCGGGAGCGCAACAACGUGGCGGUGCGCAAAAGUCGAGACAAAACCAAGAUGCGCAACAUGGAGACACAGCAGAAGGUUCUGGAGCUCAGCUCGGACAACGAGAGACUCAGGCGCCGCGUGGACCACCUCAGCCGGGAACUGGACACCCUGCGGGGGGUCUUCCGCCAGCAGCAGCAGCAGCACGCGCCCGACGCCCUCUACCGGGGGCACGCGCGCAGCUGAGGACCCGAGACUCGGCGUCGGAUCCGCCGCAGGCUUGCGAAAGUCAAAUCGGCGGCGGCGACGUCGCACGCUCCUGCGAUUGUGCGCGCGCGUGGACGUGUUGCCGUGCAACGCUCGUCUUCCGCUUUCCUCUCUUCGCUCAUCAGACGCGCAACGCGCACGUGCACGCAGACUCGAAAGAAAACGUCACACACACACACACACACGCACACGCAGGUCCAACACGCACACAAUAACAAGGGACACACUAACCCAUAAGGCAAACACACGCGCACCAACGCAUGCACACGAUUGCAUUAAUAACACGCACACACGCAGGUCACACAUCCCAAUUCACGCAAUAUCGUCGCUUCCACUUCCACACUCAAGUCUCUCUCACACACAUACGCGCACGGACGUUAACAUGUUGAUGUAUCAGAAGAAAUGCAAAAGAUGAUAUUUUGCCUAUAUAUAUAUAUAUAUAUAUAUAUAUAUAUAUAUAUGGAAAUGUGCUCUGACUUGUUCCCCAAAUAAAAGAUGUUCUUUCAUGG